AUGGAACAUGAGAAUCACACUGUUGUAAAGGAGUUCAUUCUCCAGGGAUUAGCAUGGAAGUGGGAGCUACAGAUGUUACUUUCUGCUCUCCUCCUAAUAUUUUAUGCCAUCAUUUUACCUGGGAAUAUCCUUAUCAUUGUAACAAUUAGGAGCGAUGUCCACCUAGGGUCCCCCAUGUUUUUCUUCUUGUCCAAUCUGGCAUUCAUGGACAUCUGCUACAGCAUUGUUACCCCUCCAAACAUGAUGGCCAACCUCUUCACGCGCCAGAAAACCAUCUCCUAUCAAGCCUGCAUGGCUCAGAUUUUUUUCAUCCACUUCCUAGGUGGGGCUGAGUUUUUCCUACUUAUAGCCAUGGCUGUCGAUCGGUAUGUGGCCAUCUGCCACCCGUUACGCUACGUCGCCGUGGUGACCCGAGUGGUUUGCUGGGUGUUGGUAUUAUGUGCAUGGGGUGGGGGCUUCAUACACUCUAUGAUCCAGAUGGGUCUCAUCCUGCCACUCCCCUUCUGUGGGCCAAAUGAACUGGACAACUUUUUCUGUGACGUUACCCAGAUUAUCAGGCUAGCUUGCACCAACACCUACUUCUUAGAGUUUGCCAUGUUUAUCAACAGUGGCCUGGUCACCACGGCUUGCUUCAUCCUCCUCCUCAUCUCCUACGGUGCCCUGCUCAUCAAGGUGAAGAUGGGCUCCAGCCAAGGGAAGAGCAAAGCCGCCUCCACCUGCAUCACCCACAUCAUCAUCGUCUUCAUCAUGUUCUGUCCCGCCAUCUACAUUUACUGCCAUCCUUUCCGGGACUUCCCCUUUGACAAGCUGGUGGGCUUUUUCCACACGGUGGUUUUUCCUUUGAUGAACCCCAUGAUCUACACGCUGAGGAAUAAGGAGGUCAAAGUUGCUAUACUCAGAAUGCUGAGGAAAUAUAAACUUAGGAGGGACGUGUGA